AUAAUUGCGAUCAUCAACAUUGUCCAUUCGACAAUUUCGAACCGUGAAGUCACAAGUAGUUUUCAGAACUACAUCUGUCAAAUGUUUUUUUACAUUUACAAAAAAUAUAUCUAUUGAGAAAUAAUACACAUGUAAACUACAAAGUGUAAAGAAUGAGCUUUAUGUUUUAAGUUUUUAGUUCACUCAUAGUUUAAAAAUGCGUGUAGAAAUACCCGAGUGUAAAAGAUGCUGUUGUUGCAUUCCUUUACGAAAUGGUAUUAUUGUCUUCGGUUAUUUGAAUCUGAUAUCUUCGAUAUUCAUUUUACUAACGGAAAUGUUUAUAGAGUUUCAAGCAAGCCCCGAUGUAGCCGUGCACCGCGGUGUGAUAUAUUUUUCAAACUUCUGGUACGCGUCAAUACUCUUCGUUUCUGAUGUCGUUUUCAAUAUUGUACUCCUCUUUGGAGCGCAUAUGAAAAAAACACGACUACUAAGAGCAUACUAUUACUACGCGGUGACAACUACGCUACUCUGCCUAGUCUCAUUCAUAAUACUUCGAACUGAGCAGCUGUACGAUCAAGUCUCCUUCUAUGUGGUAGAAGCUUGCUUCGUUCUCAGCAGCUUAGGUAUCCAAGUCUACCUCAUAUUAUUAGUCAGAAGCGAGCUCGCGAAGAUUCGACAACGCAGUCGUGUCUGCUACGUGAACCACGCUGCUGAAAUAAUAGUCGAAACUCCUGAACAAGUCGGUAACACUGACGUAGAAACUGUCACGUUAAGAGAUGCGAGUAAAUAAAAUAUAAUAAUUAUAUAA